AUGAGCAAGCUGUCCAAGGUCGCCGCCUGCUCUUCAAUUCCUCCACCAGUCCGAAUCACAAUCAGGACUGCUACCAUUCAAACGAGAUGCAAAUCUACCACCACUGUCAAUUCAACACCAAGGCAAGUCCUCUCUAAGAGGUAUCUCGCCCAAGUCCGUCCAGAGCCUCUCUCCGAGCUCUGGUUUACUUCCUCCUCCCCAAGGUCUGGUCCCGAAGAUGAACUGCUAGGGUCCAGUCCUCUGCGAUCUGGAGGCGCAGAGGACCAUCAGCCUCCAGAUGAACGCUUGAUCAAGCUGGGCAAGACUUUGCGCAUUUUAUCUCCACUCCUCCCCAACAUCUUGACUACUCCUCUUCCACCAGACAUCCUCUCGCCUAAUAUCACAUUACAUCUAUUUCCAUCUACACACCCACACUUACCUGCUGUGAAAGGCAGGGUCGCGUACCGUGCGGCACUAUGGACCGCACCCGUUGCUUGGGGCUGCAUACCCAUUGUGGGCAAUGUGAAAUUAAAUGUCAUAUCUGAGAAGAUUGUCCGGACUGGCUUUUCAUAUGCCGUCCCCGUAGAUGAGAAUGAUCCAUCAGCUUCAGAUCUUGGUGAAGAGAAGUUGGUGGUACGGUGGAAGACUGAGCCGAAGCAGAAUGGAAACGGCAACGGUCACGGCCAUGCUACAGCAGGAGCCUCGACAUCGAGCGCCGCACGAUCAAACAGCCUGUCCAACGGCGGCACUAACGGUGGGCUUUCGAAAUUGCUAGGUGGUGACAAACCCAUCUUCAACAUUAACAAGGAAGACGGGUUCAGUGGUCUCUUCAUUUUCACAUUUGACUCCAAAGGCCGAGUUGCGAGCCAUACGAUCGAGCACGCGGAUGAGAACAACGGGUUCGACAAGACCAACAAAGUCGUCACAUUGACCGACUGGCUACUGGGAAAAGCGAAAUGGAAUCGAGGUCGAGAGAAGGAGCAGGAACUCAUCCCCGGCCUGGCAAUGCGGGUGUGCCGAGACGAGUGGAACAUCCAACGACGUUUCCCCCACGGCAGCGACUGA